AUGAUGGGGAAUGAGAAGACGGUACGCAGCUUAAUCUCUAACGGCGCUAAGGUUAAUGUCUCUGAUGUACGUGGUCGCACACCUUUAAUUCUUAGUGUUGUUAAGGGUCUAAGCACAUUAACUGAACUAAUACUCGACAAUGGUGCUGAAGUGAAUGCUGCCGAUGACAAAGGCGGAAAAUCCCCACUACAUCUAGCCGCAGAAAAUGGUCACGCUAUUGUUCUUAAGAAACUUUUGGAAAAGAAAGCGUUUACUGAUUCAAUCGAUGAUAAAGAUCGUACCCCGCUUCAUUUGGGCUCAGCUCAUGGUCACUUGCAA